UCUCUCUUAACGGGGCGUCCCGGCGGGGCUCGCGGCGCCCGCCUGCAGCCCGCCUCCCCGUGCGGCACUUCCGGACCCCGCCGUCGCCCUUUUAAGAGGCAGCCCCCAGCAGCGCCCUCUCCCGCCCCUUGUUGCCGGCGCGAGAGGUGGGGGAGCCGGGCAGGAGAGGAGAUUGCUGUCCGCGCGGCCACUGGAGACCGGGCGGCCGGGCAGGCGGCGGCGGCGGCGGAUGGGGACUCGGAGCCGGACGACUGUGGCGGCUGUGGCUGUGGCGGCGGCGGGGAAGCAGCUGACGGGCCGGCGGCGGCGGCGGCGCUGGCGGCGGUGACUGGUCCAGGCCCCGGCGGCGGCUGCAGCGACGCGGUGGCGGGCUGCGGGCUGGCGGCGUGAGGAGCGGCGGCGGAGAGCCGAGUGGCCGGGAACCGAGGGCACCGGGCCGCCCCUUGCCCAGUCCUUGCAGGCCGCCAGGCCCCCUCCAGCCGGGGCCGUGGAGCACCGGGGCAAAGGCCGGGGCCCUCCCAUGAAGGAGCGCGACGCGGCCCCGGCCGAGCGGGGCAAGCCGGCCACCUACACCGGGGACAAGAAGGCGAAGAUGGCGGCCAAGACCAACAAGAAGUGGGUCCGACUCGCCACCGUGUUCGCUUACGUGCUCUCCGUGUCGCUGGCCGCCAUCGUGCUCGCCGUCUACUACAGCCUCAUCUGGCAGCCGGUGGGCGCCGGGACCUCGGGAGGAGCCGCCGGCCCGCCCCCCGGCGGCUCCAACGCCACCGGCCCGUCCGGGACUUCAGGGGCGGCGGCUGCGGCGGGGCCCAACACCACGGGGUCGUCCCGCCGCGAGGCGCCGCGCGACGCGCCCCCGCUACAGGCGGCGCAGCCCGUGUCUCCUGAGCCUUCUGCCGACAGCCCCCUGGCCGGGCCGCUGGAGCAGCCGCAGGGGGCCGAGGAGGACGAGAAGGAAGCGGCGGCGGCGCCCGGGAGUCGUUGAACCCCUCCGUGCCAGGGGUGGCCGGAAACCAUCCUCCCCAAGCCCGGAGGCAGGACUUUGCAGCAGGACCGGGCGGGGAGCCCGCGGGAGUGACCCCCACGGGAGUGAACGCCUCCCUUCCCCCGACGAUCGCGCGCUCGCCGCAGGGAAUCCUUUGAACUUGCAAGAGAACAUCUGGGAGUCCAAUCCCCUGUCCCCAUCCUGACCCCUGCAUUCUGGACUGUUUAAUCCACUUUGGGAUGGAUCAGAGUCUAGAGAAACCACUCGUGGGUCCAGCUGCUGGUCUCCUGACUCUAACGCCUUCACUGGAAUUGGGACAUUAGCUCCAGCUCUAGCUGUGAGCGUGACCAGAGACAUUAUUUAUAAUUCAGCCAUUUAAGAUAUACCUGUACUCAAAAAGUCCUGUAUAUUUUUUAAAAGUUUUAUUUUUCAGGUGAACAAAAAUACAUUCUAA